AUGUUCUUCACUAUUAGCAUGCCAGGGGUACCGUGUGACCCGCGAAACCCACAUGUAAGAGAGGACCCACAGGCAAGAGAGGACCCACAGGUAACACAGCACCCACAGGUAACAGAACCCACAGGCAACACAGGACCCACAGACAACACAGGACCCACAGACAACACAGGACCCACAGGCAACAGAGGACCCACAGGCAACAGAGGACCCACAGGUAACAGAGAACCCACAGGCAACACAGGACCCACAGGCAACACAGGACCCACAGGCAACACAGGACCCACAGGCAACACAGGACCCACAGGCAACACAGGACCCACAGGCAACACAGAACCCACAGGCAACACAGGACCCACAGGCAACACAGGUAAGAGAAGACCCACAGACAACAGAGGAUCCACAGGCAACAGAGGACCCACAGGCAACAGAGGACCCACAGGCAACAGAGGACCCACAGGCAACAGAGGACCCACAGGCAACAGAGUGCCCAAAUGCUUUAGUAACACCGGUGUUAACACAAGUGUGUCGAGGUCAUCUCCCUACCUCAGUAUCCUCGACAACCUCCAGGAUGCUCUCCAAGCUUCCUCCAUCAUCAAGGCAUCACAUCAAGGUCAGCAGACACUCAAGGUGUCUGUUGGAGCUGAAGUGUGA